AGUAUGUUUGUAAAAAUAAAACAUAAUUUUUAAGGAAUUAUACAAAUAAAUUUUUUUUCAUGUUUUAUAUUUUAUUUUUUAAUUUAGGAAAAAGUGAUAGCUAAGGAAUCUCCAGCAUUCUAUUUACGCAAACUAAAGACAUAUCUGGAUCCUCGUGCUUCGAGGAGUGCGAGAAAAAGAAAAAUGCUAGGAGAUUCAACAUCAACGCAGGUGCUUAGAGACUUGGAAAUAUCUCUUCGUACAAAUAAUAUAGAAUGGGUUCGUGAGUUUCUUAAUGAAGAUAACAAAGGGUUGGAUGUUUUAGUAGAUUAUUUAUCAUUUCGAUUAAUUAUUAUGAGACAUGAGUAUUUACCUUUAAAUAAUUUUGGUGAAAAUAAUGUCCCUAAUGGUAGUAUUAGUGGAAGUUCACACCGUCCUUUAUUAGAUCUUGAUACACCAAAAAUGAGAAGAGCUUCUAAACAUAUUGCUAAAUUGAAUAUGGGAGAAGCAAAAGAUGAUAUUCAUGUUUGCAUUAUGUGUUUACGUGCCAUAAUGAAUAAUAAGGUAAUUUAAUUUUUAAAUUAUUAUAUUUAGUUAUGUUUUUAUGAC